AUGGCGUCCCAGGCAACCGCCGCCUCAAAUCAUGAUCUGAAAGACACGCCCCUGGGAGACCUCCUUCCAGACGACCCCAGAGGAACGGAGGUGCUGGUUCGCUUCGCUGCCGUGCACAGCCAGAACGAGGACCUGAGAGGGCAGAUCCUGCUGCUGGCGGCGGAAGCCGGCCUCAUGGCCAUUUGCAAGCGGUGGACGGGCAACUGGGUGGCUGGCUACGGCAUCGCAGUGGGCGUCCUGGUGGUGGCGGACCUGAAUGUGCGCUUGGCUGCCAGGUUCCUGAGCCGGCGCCGGCAGUCGGCCACCCUGCCAAUCACCGCCGGCUGA